AUGUCUUCCUUUUCCACUGCCUAUCCCACUGAUGGUGAGGUGAUCGACAUUGGUGGUUCAUCCAUCAACCUCACCUUCGUGGACGACCAACUCCCCAAGGCCUUCCUUGGCAAGGGUGACUUCCCCAAGGAAGUCGCCUACACUUCUGGCAUGGAGAAGUGGAAUGCAAUUGCCGACAAGUCGUACCAGACUUCGGACGAGAUGGCUAUUAUCAAGGCUACUGCCAAGCAAGUUGUCCAGCAACUCAAGUCUGGAACUCACAUCAUCGAUCUCGGUGCUGCCAACAGCAAGAAGUUUGAACCUUAUGUUCACGAGUUCAUCUCCCAGGGCAAGGAGUGCGUCUAUGUCGCUCUUGACCUGUCUCACGCCUCUCUUGUCGAGCACAUCGCCAAGGCCAAGGCUACAUUCCCUGGUGUCAAGUGUAUUGGUCUUUGGGGCUCUUUCGAACAGGGCGACAUCUAUUUCAACAAGACCCGCCCUACUGCCCGCCUUUUCCUGUCUCUCGGCAGCAUCUUCUAUAACGCCCCCGACUCUAUGGCCAAGGAUCGUUGUGUCGAGUUUAAGCUCCACAUGACUCCUGUCGAUCGUCUCAUUGUCGGCCAGGACGGUCCUACCGGCGCUGAAGCCAGCCAGACCCACGCUGCCUACAACACCGUCGAGUAUGACGCCUUUUUCACCACCUACCUCCAAGGUCUUCAAGAUCACGCUGGUAUUGUAGGUGCUAACCCCAAGACUGCUUGGACUGUUGAGAGCAAGCUCAACAAAGCGAUGCAUUACUUCGAUGUCACUGCCAACCACGAAAUGCAGUGCACCAAGUUCAACAUCAACGUCCCCGCCGGCACUGUCUUCCAAAUGUUCAAGUCUUGGAAGCGUUAUGAGGCUGAGAUCCAUGAGCUUACCAACGAGAUUGGUCUCAACAUCGAGACUCUUGGCAAGGCUGAGAAUUCGGGUAUGCGUCAAUACCUCAUCAAGACUGCUGAGAACUAA